AGAACCCGAGAUAAGACACGUUAGCUGCAUCGUAUAACGGCGCCAGAAACAUUACGUGGUCGUCAGAAUGACUGGAAACAACUGGGGAUACGGAGACGAAAAUGGUCCUGAUGAAUGGCACAAGGAUUAUCCCAUUGCCCAGGGAAGCCGUCAGUCUCCAAUAGACAUUGUCCCUUCCCAGGCUGUAUAUGAGGCCAGCCUCUCCUCUCUGAACAUCUCCUACAACGGCUGCACAUCUAUCAGCAUUUCCAACAAUGGGCACUCUGUCGGGGUAGAGUUCGCUGACUUUGACGACAAUGCAGUGAUCCAAGAUGGGCCCCUGGAAGUCCCCUAUAGGUUGAAACAGUUCCAUUUCCACUGGGGAGGGAAGAACAGUCAUGGCUCAGAGCACACCGUCAAUGGGAAGUCCUACGUGUCUGAGCUUCAUCUGGUCCACUGGAACGCUACAAAGUACAAGACCAUCCAGGACGCCUCAGCGGCCCCCGAUGGCUUGGCUGUCCUCGGCAUCUUCAUUGAGAUUGGGGAUGAGCACCCAGGUUUGCACAAACUAACAGAUGCCCUAUACAUGGUCAAGUUUAAGGAAACAAAGGCAGACUUUAAGGGCUUCAACCCCAAGUGCCUCCUCCCCAGUAACCUGAGUUACUGGACAUACCCCGGUUCCCUCACCACGCCCCCCCUGCUCGAGAGCGUCACAUGGAUUGUCCUCAAGGAGCCAAUUAAGGUUUCAGAGAAACAGAUGGAGAAGUUCCGAAUGCUUCUGUUCACGGGUGAAGAGGAGGACCGACGCUGCAUGGUAAAUAACUUCCGCCCCCCACAGCCCCUGAAGGGCAGGAAAGUCCGAGCCUCCUUCAAGUAAUAAAACUCUUUGAUUGUGACACGGGGACCCCAAUAAGACACUGCUCACAGCCCCAGAACCACCAGCACUCUGCAUUCUCAUCACCUCCAGCUGAGCCUCCCACUGCAGCCAAUAGAAGAAAUGCCUCCUGUACUAAGCUGCAUUUCCAACAAAAACGGUUCCCAUGUGCAGCAAUGGAGCCAGUGUGGUCAAGAAGAGGGAUGUGUCUAAAUUCAGCCAGGUCGUUUUGUUUAUUUUUCAUCUGUAUUGUAUCGAGGCGCACUUUAUAAACACAACACAAUUAUGUGCAGAUGUUACGCACUGAAAUAUGAGUAGUGGAGUUGGGAACAACCACAUUAAUCUAAUCUCGAAAAUCUGGGCUAUUUUGCAAUUUAUUACAGGACAUAAUUCUCUUCCAAGAAAUGCAGAAUCUCCUUCCCUCUCAUUCUUUGAAUUUUAUGCCUUGCACAAACCCCCCAUUGCAGAACCUGAUCACAUGAUGUUCUAUUUAGUUAAUAUAUGAACAGGCUGAUUUUUUUUUUUUUAUCAGCUUUUACUCCAGUGCAAAACACUGAAUAACCUGUAACAACUUUCUUUGUAUCAUGUGAGUGGAUACUGAGGAUGUAGUCAGUGGUUCUGCUUCCUUUCCUCGCAACAUAACAUGGCUUUGAUUGUUAAAGUUUGUCAAACAGACAUUUAGUGAUAAACUUCAGCAACAAAAGCAUCAUUUGAAAUGUUAGUCUAUGUUUUAAUUUCUUAAAGUAGUCAGUUGAUUAUAAGAGCCUUAGUAGUUGUAGUCAAUGAUGCCUACAUAUGCAGAACAUUUUGUAUCUGGAUUUGACAUACUUACCAGCAAUGAAUUGACUUUGCAUGCACCAGUACUUAGUUGGAAUCAUUAGUAGCUAAGAUUACAAGAGAAAAGUUACAGUGACAGCUGCAUGGGUCAAAUUCUACAUCUAGGGAGAAUUUGCAUUGCCACAAAUGACAAAGGGAACAUGCUCAAACUAAUGACCUGAAACCAUGAAUUAUUUUCUGUUUCCAUUGCCAGUCUUGAUGUGCAUGCAUUUCAUAUAGUGGUUUUUAGAAUGGUCAAGGAGUUUAAACUGUAUAUCAGGUAAAAGGUAUUGUUUUUACAGGAAAUGUGAUGUAUCAGUAUGUACUGCCAUAUGUAGUGUACAGAACUAGAAAUAAUAAUCGUGUUACAUGCUCUAUGUGUAAUGCAAUGUCAUUAUGUGUAACCUUCUAUAUAAGUUAAUGGUUUAUAAGAAGCAUGAUGCAAUUAUAGCUAGAACUGGGUCAAACAAUUCCCAGUUGUCAAUGAUCAACUUGUCAUUUGUGCAAGUGUCUUAAGUGCAAGAUUAGGGUUUACAUAAAACUGUUUUAUGGAAAGGUGUGAAUGUAUUUAACUAUGAAAUUUAAUAGUUUUAAUCUUGAAGUCCAGUUCUAAUAAAGUUAUUGAGUGAAUGAGA